AUGUUUGAGAAAGAGUUAAAAGUAGCUACAGAAGCUGUCCGUUUGGCAUCACUAUUGACUAAAAGAGUUCAAUCCCAAGUGAUUGCUCAUAGAGACUCCUCUACUGUGAUCAAAUCUGAUAUGUCACCUGUGACUAUUGGUGAUUUUGCUGCACAAACUGUGAUCAUCAACGCCAUCAAGAGCAAUUUCCCUGAGGAUCACGUUGUAGGUGAAGAGACUGCAGAAGGAUUGGGUGAUCCUUUCCUAGAAGAGAUUCUAAAGGUUAUUGAUGAGAAUGAAACAAAUUUCCAACAAUAUAACAGUGCAAAGGAUGCAAUCCCUUUUAAGAAUCAACAAUUCCCAUUGAAGAGUGUGGAUGAUGUGCGUAAAGUGAUUAAUUUUGGUGAUUAUCAAGGUGGAAGAACUGGAAGAUUCUGGUGUUUAGAUCCAAUUGAUGGUACAAAGGGGUUCCUAAGAGGUGAACAAUUUGCUGUGUGUUUAGCUCUCAUUGUAGAUGGUGUGACUCAAGUUGGUUGUAUUGGUUGUCCAAACUUAACACUAGCUAACUACGGUUCCAAUGAUUUACCAGGCCAUGAACCAUUUGGUUAUAUAUUUAGGGCCGUAAGAGGACACGGUUCCUUCUACACUACUAACACUUUGCAAGAACCUUGGGUUCCAAUCCAUGUAAGACAAUUGAAGAAUACCCACGAAAUGGUUACUUUGGAAGGUGUAGAGAAAUCUCACUCAUCCCAUGACGAACAAGAUGAAAUCAAGAAAAGACUUGGGAUUACUCAAUCUUUACAUUUGGAUUCACAAGCCAAGUACUGUUUGCUGGCCUUAGGAUUAGCAGAUGUAUAUUUGCGUCUACCGAUUAAAUUAAGCUACCAAGAAAAGAUAUGGGAUCAUGGUGCUGGUAAUGUCAUUGUCUUGGAAGCCGGUGGUCAACAUACAGAUGCGUUUAAUGAUGUUCCUUUAGAUUUCGGUAACGGUAGAGUUCUCCUAACCAAGGGUGUUAUUGCAUCUAGUGGUCCUCAAAAGUUACACGACCUUGUAGUGUCUACUUCCGCCGAUGUCAUGGGCUCAAGGAAGUGA